UCUGUGGCAGAAAAAGUGAAUUUUAAAUUCUGUGUCCCUGUAGACAUGUCAACUUCCCUGUCCAGUCAGAGGGACAGAGUCCAGAGGCAGGUGGAGACACUGGAACAGUGUCUGUGUGCAACCAAUGCUGAACUGGAGCUGCUGACCACUGACACAGAUGAUGAAUCAGACAGCGAGGACACAGAUGAGGAUUCGGUGCAGAACACAGCAGGUUUGUUAGCUCAGAGAGAGAAGAUCCAAAAGGAGAUUCAGAGUCUGGAGGAGGUUCUGGGGCCCCACAGUCCAUUUUCUGUGUCAUCUGCCUCAGAUGGUGGCAGCAGCGGUGAGGAGAGUGAUCUGGAUCUGCCUCUGUCAGUGGACUCCUGUCUUCAGAUAAACCUGGUCUACCAGCAAGUGCUCCAAGAGACUCUGGACCAGCUGGAAACACUACUUACAGACAAUCAGAAACAGCAGAGGGAGCUGAUGUAUCAACUGUCUGGACCAAACAAACAGCCUGCCAGAGAGCAUCCCGCCAACUCUUCCUACCAGCAGCCAAUCAAAAUGUACCUGGGUCGCUUUCUGAAGCCAUACUUCAAAGACAAACUGACGGGGCUGGGUCCGCCGGCCAAUCUGGAAGCCAAGGAGAGAGCCAGCAGGAUGGUGAACUGCCUGGACGACAGAAAGUUGAAGAUUAAGAGAUGGGAGAGCUGGCAAAAGACUCUGUUGAUCCACUCAGUGACCAGAGACAGCUUGAGGAGACUCAUCCAGCCCAAACUCUCCAAGGUGGACUACCUGAGCCAGAAGCUGUCCUCUGCAGAGGAGACAGACAGGCAGCAGCUGGCACAGCAGAUAGACAGCCUGGAGAAAGCAAUAGACCUGAUCAGAUUAAAGAAAGCGGAGGAGCUAAUCAGUGGGCGGCACGAGGAACACGACUGGGACAGAAUUGCUAAUGUAGAUUUUGAAGGGACGAAGGAGGCCGAAGACAUUCGUUGUUUCUGGCAGAACUACUUGCAUCCGUCCAUCAAUAAGAGCAGGUGGAGUCGUGAGGAGGUGCAGCAGCUGAAGGAGGUCAGCAGCAGACUUGGACACAGACGGUGGGAGGACAUCGCAGCCGAGCUGGGGACUGGGAGGACAGCCUUCAUGUGUCUCCAGACUUUCCAACGGUUUGUCUCGGACUCUCUUCGACGCAGCAGUUGGACCCCAGAUGAAGAUGCUUUGCUCAGGGAGCUGGUGGACAAGAUGAGGAUCGGAAACUUCAUCCCCUACACACAGAUGAGUUACUUCAUGGAGGGUCGUGACCCUGGUCAGCUGAUCUACAGGUGGCUUCAGGUGUUGGACCCGAGCCUCCGGAAAGGACCUUGGUCCAAACAAGAGGAUGAGCUGCUGCUGCGAGCUGUGGCUCGUCACGGAGAGAAGAACUGGUGGAAGAUCAGGUUGGAGGUUCCUGGACGCAGUCCCUGUGCCUGCAGGGACCGGUAUGUGAACAGUCUGAAGGCCGGAAUGAAGAGAGGAGCAUUCGACCACCAGGAGAGGGCACUGCUGCUGGAGCUCAUCCGGAAGCAUGGAGUUGGAUGCUGGGCGAAGAUCGCUGCUGAGAUUCCAAACCGCUGUGACGCUCAGUGUCUGAGAGACUGGAAAAAGGUCAAGAAGGAGGAGGAGGAGUCACUGAAUCCUGAACGUCCACAGCAAAAACCAGGAAGGAGGAAGGUGAGUAGCCUGGUCCAAAGGAGAAAGAGAUGUCGCCUGAAAACUGUGAAAGAGGAGGAAAGCAGUGAGGAGGAUGAAGAGGCGAUGGUGGAGUACAUGGACAGUGAUGAUGAGAUGGUCAAAGAGAGCAAGGAUGUUGUGAAGGAGGAGCAGGCACAGGAAGAUGUGGAGGAGGUGGAGGAAGAAGAAGAAGAAGAUAAUUUUAUUCUGUCUUCCAUAGAGGAGUGGGUUCCUUCAGAAAAAACCUCACCAUUCCCCAUCCUGAAGUUCCAGCCUGCGUGGCUGGAGUCCUCUGGCCAUGACCAGAACAAAAAACAUGUUCGCUCAACCUUUCUAGGCCCAUUUGGACGGUCUGUGAUUGUUGGCCCAAAACCCAGAGAAGUGAGGUUGGAGGAGCGUCACUGUGGGCGCAGCCUGCUGAUGGUAACACCAGAGCAGCUCAGAACCCAACUGUACUUCCAGGCCCAGAAGUGCAAAAACCGCAGACCCUCUCAGAACAGUUCCCACAGUGCCGCCUGUGACAGAAAGCACUCUCCCAGCCAACCUACUGAUACGGCCUUGGGCUACCAGCUCCAGGCAGCGGUGACACCGUGGAUUGGUCACCUGCUGAUCCCAGUAAAACCUAAAAGGGGCCUAGCUUACAACCUGCAGGAACACACACAAGCCAUCCACCUGUCCUCCACCCAAGUCUUCCUACUCCUCCUCCAGACCAUGAAUAUUGACACUGCAGGUUGUAAGGACAUGAUCGAGCAGAGGAAGCCCAACAUGGUUGGACCGCCCCCAGUUCCCUUAACCAUCAAAAAGAAGAAUCCAAAAACUGUUGCAGGGAUGCUGCAGCAGAGGGCCUUGAGAAAAGAAAAAGGACAGUUUGACUCACAAAAUACUCUGACUCCAAACCAGCCACCACUGCCACCUUCUCAAAAUCACCCUGAUGUUCUUUUGCAGAUGCCUUCUGGCAAGACUUCCCUGGGCUCUCCUUUGUUUUAUACUCCUCCUGUCUUCCAACCGCUGCAGUCGCAGCUCACCUCCUUCAAAUUCAUUCCUCCUGCGUUGCCCGUGUCCCCCCAGGCCACAUACUCCUCAACACCUGCAUUGGUUCCCAUCAGUUGUCUAAUGCUUUCUGUUCCAAAUGUCACACACUUCUCUAUGGGGCAGAUGUCCUCCCUGCCCCAGAACUCCACGUCAACAUGCAUCCUUAAUUUGUGUCCAGUGGUUGUUCCUUCUGCUCAGAACCUUCAAAUAGCCAUUGCCCACUCCACCAACAGGCCAGGAGCACCUGUGACUUCCAAUCAGCAUCCAGGGACCCAACCUUUUACCAGCACUCUUCCACCACCCCCUCAGCCAAAAACCCAAACCAAGGAUAGCAGUAACAAGAGCACAAAGGCACAGGAGGCUGCUUACCGAAAACAGAAUGAGGUCAACAAUAAUCGCACAAACGCACAAGUGGGCGGACCCAGUGACCUCGUGAGUGGACCCAGUGACCUUGUGGGCGAUACCAAUGUUGCUGUGAGUAAGAGUGGUGCAGGUUUGAUCCUGGAUGGGAAGAGGUCUCGCAAGCCGAGUGCAAAAGCCAGAGCUCUGCAGGAGGCUGCCAAGGUUAAAGCCACAAAGAAAAAACACAUUUAUGCCAAGAAACCUGACACGCCUCCUCAUCCUCAGCCACAUUGCUCCUCCGGCCCCAUGCCUGCUCCACUAACGUGUGAAGCUGAGUCCGUACCGCCAGCAGAGCUCAGGUCUACUGUUGACACUCUGAGUCGCACUGGUGAAGAUGGUGGGGACCUGACUGGUGCAGCUAGGCAAGAAAGCCCAGUGAGUGUAACCCAGAAAGGAAGAAAGGUUCUAAAGCCCAGCUGGAAGACCAGAGCUCUGAGGGAAGCCACUGAAACUCGGGCUGAACACCAGAAUAAGAAAAUCCAUUCUUACUUUCCACCAAAGAAGCAAACUCGUUUGCAGGCGGAUCACUGCAAAAAGAAAGGCAUGACCCCGGACAAGAGGAUCAGUCAUCCCCCAUCAGGCUGGGGGCUGACCGGUCAAGCAACACCUAUCCUGACUCCUGGACUAACGGAAGCCCCAUCCUUGAGACUGCAGUUAGCUGUGCUUCCAGCUCUGGCCUCUGACCUGCCUGCAAAAGGUCCUCCCUCCUCCCACUCCACUCAUGCUCAGUGUGUUCCUCAUUUCAUUCAGCCACACCCACUUCCCACCCUCCCUAUCUGUCAGGUUAAGUCCCCCCCUGCAGCCUUUUUUCUGCCUUCAGUUUCUACUGGAACCAGUCCUUGCUCAGGUUUAUCUGGCCAUGCCAGCCUGCCCCCAGAGUCAACAUGCCACAUAAGUCUAACUUCAGUCAGUGCUCUGCUUCGUGCAAAGAAGUGCCUGACCAGAUCAUCCCAGCUGCUGUGUGAGACAACCAAAACACCUGAGACCACCUACCAGCCCAAUCCAGAACAACCAGAUUCGACCUCGAGCCUCGGUCAUGCUGGCACACCAGGUUCAUGUGUCAGCGUCGACCCACAGAAAGAACAGGAGGAGACGGAGCUUGUGGCAGCCAUUCGCCAGUUGGUGGCGGAUGGUUUUGGUGGUAAUCCAGCGUACCAGAUGCUGAAGGCUCGCUUCCUGUCCUGUUUUACUCUGCCCGCCCUCCUGGCUGCUGUGCAGCCAAUCACAGAGGAACCUAAGGUGUGCUCAGGCGAGGAGGAGGAGGAACCCAAGGAGGAGGAGGAGGAAGCGAUGAACAUAAAACAAAGUGGUAGACAGACGAGAGCCCAGUCCAUCACAGGUUAUGUCCCCAGCCUAGACUGGUACCAUUUUACAGCUGAGUUGGGCUGCCAUGAUGUAGAUGAAGUGUCUGUCCAAGGACACAGACCAGAAUCAGACUUCAUUCCCUCAGAGCUGUCGGCCCUGCCGGGUGCUGCUGUGGACCGAUGCUGGGCGAAGAUCGCUGCUGAGAUUCCAAACCGCUGUGACGCUCAGUGUCUGAGAGACUGGAAAAAGGUCAAGAAGGAGGAGGAGGAGUCACUGGAAUCCUGUACGCUGGAGGUGGGGCAGAAACAUGGCGGGCGGGGCCGAGGGCUGUCCUCUUCUUACGCUUUGGUGUCUGAGCACCCACUGGAUCAGGAUUUCACCUGCAUGUUUAUCCACACGGCUGGAAGCUCCGCCCCAAAGCUCACAGACUCUGACAGGGAACGUCCACAGCAAAAACCAGGAAGGAGGAAGGUGAGUAGCCUGGUCCAAAGGAGAAAGAGAUGUCGCCUGAAAACUGUGAAAGAGGAGGAAAGCAGUGAGGAGGAUGAAGAGGCGAUGGUGGAGUACAUGGACAGUGAUGAUGAGAUGGUCAAAGAGAGCAAGGAUGUUGUGAAGGAGGAGCAGGCACAGGAAGAUGUGGAGGAGGUGGAGGAAGAAGAAGAAGAAGAUAAUUUUAUUCUGUCUUCCAUAGAGGAGUGGGUUCCUUCAGAAAAAACCUCACCAUUCCCCAUCCUGAAGUUCCAGCCUGCGUGGCUGGAGUCCUCUGGCCCAUUUGGACGGUCUGUGAUUGUUGGCCCAAAACCCAGAGAAGUGAGGUUGGAGGAGCGUCACUGUGGGCGCAGCCUGCUGAUGGUAACACCAGAGCAGCUCAGAACCCAACUGUACUUCCAGGCCCAGAAGUGCAAAAACCGCAGACCCUCUCAGAACAGUUCCCACAGUGCCGCCUGUGACAGAAAGCACUCUCCCAGCCAACCUACUGAUACGGCCUUGGCUACCAGCUCCAGGCAGCGGAUUGACACCGUGGAUUGGUCACCUGCUGAUCCCAGUUGUAAGGACAUGAUCGAGCAGAGGAAGCCCAACAUGGUUGGACCGCCCCCCAGUUCCCUUAACCAUCAAAAAGAAGAAUCCAAAAACUGUUGCAGGGAUGCUGCAGCAGAGGGCCUUGAGAAAAGAAAAAGGACACCAAAAACCCAAACCAAGGAUAGCAGUAACAAGAGCACAAAGGCACAGGAGGCUGCUUACCGAAAACAGAAUGAGGUCAACAAUAAUCGCACAAACGCACAAGUGGGCGGACCCAGUGACCUCGUGAGUGGACCCAGUGACCUUGUGGGCGAUACCAAUGUUGCUGUGAGUAAGAGUGGUGCAGGUUUGAUCCUGGAUGGGAAGAGGUCUCGCAAGCCGAGUGCAAAAGCCAGAGCUCUGCAGGAGGCUGCCAAGGUUAAAGCCACAAAGAAAAAACACAUUUAUGCCAAGAAACCUGACACGCCUCCUCAUCCUCAGCCACAUUGCUCCUCCGGCCCCAUGCCUGCUCCACUAACGUGUGAAGCUGAGUCCGUACCGCCAGCAGAGCUCAGGUCUACUGUUGACACUCUGAGUCGCACUGGUGAAGAUGGUGGGGACCUGACUGGUGCAGCUAGGCAAGAAAGCCCAGUGAGUGUAACCCAGAAAGGAAGAAAGGUUCUAAAGCCCAGCUGGAAGACCAGAGCUCUGAGGGAAGCCACUGAAACUCGGGCUGAACACCAGAAUAAGAAAAUCCAUUCUUACUUUCCACCAAAGAAGCAAACUCGUUUGCAGGCGGAUCACUGCAAAAAGAAAGGCAUGACCCCGGACAAGAGGAUCAGUCAUCCCCCAUCAGGCUGGGGGCUGACCGGUCAAGCAACACCUAUCCUGACUCCUGGACUAACGGAAGCCCCAUCCUUGAGACUGCAGUUAGCUGUGCUUCCAGCUCUGGCCUCUGACCUGCCUGCAAAAGGUCCUCCCUCCUCCCACUCCACUCAUGCUCAGUGUGUUCCUCAUUUCAUUCAGCCACACCCACUUCCCACCCUCCCUAUCUGUCAGGUUAAGUCCCCCCCUGCAGCCUUUUUUCUGCCUUCAGUUUCUACUGGAACCAGUCCUUGCUCAGGUUUAUCUGGCCAUGCCCAGCCUGCCCCCAGAGUCAACAUGCCACAUAAGGUUGUAACCCGGUCUGACAUGCCAGCUCCCCCUCUCCCCAGAAGGGAAGUAUUGCAAUUUGACCCAUCUCUGAUGUUCCUGGAGACCAAGGAAGAGGUGCACGAGUGGUUUAGUGGUUGUGGAGGUGUUGUGGUACCUGGACUGAAUGUGGCUCUGCCCUACCUGCCACCCUUUGUUUGCAGUCUAACUUCAGUCAGUGCUCUGCUUCGUGCAAAGAAGUGCCUGACCAGAUCAUCCCAGCAGCUGCUGUGUGAGACAACCAAAACACCUGAGACCACCUACCAGCCCAAUCCAGAACAACCAGAUUCGACCUCGAGCCUCGGUCAUGCUGGCACACCAGGUUCAUGUGUCAGCGUCGACCCACAGAAAGAACAGGAGGAGACGGAGCUUGUGGCAGCCAUUCGCCAGUUGGUGGCGGAUGGUUUUGGUGGUAAUCCAGCGUACCAGAUGCUGAAGGCUCGCUUCCUGUCCUGUUUUACUCUGCCCGCCCUCCUGGCUGCUGUGCAGCCAAUCACAGAGGAACCUAAGGUGUGCUCAGGCGAGGAGGAGGAGGAACCCAAGGAGGAGGAGGAGGAAGCGAUGAACAUAAAACAAAGUGGUAGACAGACGAGAGCCCAGAAUUCUCUGCUGCUCCAUAACGGCUCGGGGGCUCCAGCCGAUCACUACACAGGAAUUACUGGGUCCAAACCAGCUGCCUCCACCCACACCCAACCUAACUGCUAGACUUUGGACCGGCACCAGGAUCCACUCAGUUCUGCAAGUGUGUUCAGGUGGCUCCUGAUUUUUUUUAAACUUCUUGAGUUUGACUUCUGGUUAUGUGAUUUUUGUUUUCUCAUCCUUUAAAUGAAAAACUCUAAAAUUCAGUCUGAGCUUCAGCAGACCUUCAAGGACAGUCCCAGACCUGAACCUACAGUUUGACUGUCUGAAACCUGAAGGCGGUCGGGGUGCGAGGCUUGGGGCUGCGUUCAGGGACCUGACAUUUGUGGUUAAUAUGAGUUGUCAAGUUUGUUGUAAACAUUUGUAAAUCGGUGGUUUUGUAAUAAAGAAGCAGAAAUCUGAAA